GCGUCUCGCCCUCGAGGUCUCAGGCAGUCGAUCGGCUCGUCCGAUCACCCGCCACGUGUCCUAUCUUCGCCUCCUCCCCUCUGCUCCGUCUCCUUCUCCCUCGGUCUCUCUUUCUGAGGAAGCGGACGACAACGACUCUGACUCUCCGCCAUCUCCCUCUCCUUCUUGCUCCCUCUCUGCCACCCCGUCACCCCCGCCAUCGCCAUGAGCUUCGCCAUCGAGCGAGCUUUCAGUAAUCAGUUGUUGAUGCCACGGGGAGAGAUCUCAGCCAUCCGCCAAGUGCAUCAUCCGCGGACCAGCCCCGACUUCAUGCGCCUUGAGCAGUUUUUUUGCACUGCGGGUGUGUACGGCGCGGCAGAGUUCCGGUUCACGAGCAAUCCCCAGGUGGUGGUGCUGGCCGAGGCAACGGCGUUCCAACGACGAGCGGCCCCAAGAAUUAGCCACGUGUCUACCGUGGUAGCCUUCAGCGGCGACAUCACCGCCUUCGAUCCGGCACGGCAAGCCGCCAUCAAAAGCACCUUGUACCAGUGGGGUCGUGAUCUGGCCACUCUUUGGGAUCGACGACUCACAAGGCACGGUGACGAGUGCUAUCCUGUCGACGGCAUCGAGUUCGUUGAGCUCUCGUUCUGCCUGCUACGAGUGGAUCUGAACUGGACGUGGGAAGGCGAUCGGAGGCCCGCGUCAGAGACCGUGGAGCUGCUCAUCAUCCAUGCGUGGAGGACCAACGUGGCGGGAGACCUUCUGGGAUUCGUCUUUGGAGCAGUGGAUCGGGGAAACCGAUCACGGACUCUCGCCCAGAGCCUGCAGUGGUCGGCUUGUAUCGAGGAGCGCUGGGCGGACGGCCGUUUUCCCUCUCGCAGCGAGUACCUGGACGUCCACAGCCUAACUAAUCCCCGCUUCUUUCGGCAACCAACGACGUUCGAGUGGGCGGCGCUGAGAGCAGAAGAGGAAGCAGAAGAGGAUUCGGAAGGAGAAUUAAGGAGAGAGGCCGGGGAAGCAGCGGCCCGGUUGGCCGAGGACGAGGAAGACGAACGUGAAGCAGAAGAAGAGUCAGCGGAAGCUGAAGAAGAAGAAGAAGAAGAAGGCGCAGAGGAGGAGACUUCGGAAGAAGAGGAGGAAGCCUAUAGUGAGCACAGCGAGGGCGAGCCAAGUGAGGAGGAGAACGAAGACGACGAAGAAGAAGUGGAAAGCGGAGACGACCAGGAGCCAACGCACGACGACGAGCUCGAGUGGGUCACAGGACCGGAUCGACGAGAGGAGAACCCUGAGGCUGCCGCGCAGCGCAAGAAAGAGGUCGUGGAGGGAAAGCGGUCGGCGAUUGACCCCACAUCAAACGAUCCUUCCAAGGAUCCCGAGCCGCCCAAGCCGGAACAUGGGGACAUUGCUGCCACGACCUCGAGCGCCGCGACGACAAGGCGCCGAUCCCGAUCCGAAUCUUGAUCCCCGUCCCCGUCCCCCUCCGCCUCCGCCCGUCCCCCAAUCCGUCAACGUAUCAAUGAGGGGCUUCGCCCUUCGUCCCCGAUCCAUAUACCAGC